CAUCUUAUUCAUCUCUAAUUUCCACCAUAUACUUUUCUAUGAUCUCAAAGACAAAAAAUAAUAGUUAAAACCAAAUGAUUAUCAAACAUGCUGUUAGCUUUAAGAGUUUUUUUAACUAAAAACAGUUGCUAAGCAUGUUUUCCGUUUUCAAAAAACAGUGAACAAAAAUAGAAAACUGAAAACGAAAUGGUUAUCAAACAGUCCCUUUGUAAAUCUUUCAGUCUAGGGUUGCAAAAACAAAACACAAGUUGUACAUCAAAGUAUUCCCAUGUAAAAAGGUAACUUAUAAUCAGUUUAUUAGCAAAUCCCACAAGAAUGCUGCACGGUCUGAUGAAGAAAUCAAAAUGGAAGUAGCAGUGGGAGAACAAAACACAUAGAACAGGCACAGGCACAUUCCAUAAUUUAUAUCCUUGCAUGUACAAUGUACACGUGGCAGGUCCAAAAGCGAUGUAAGCCAACCCUGGGGAUUGCAAGUAGCAAGUAGCAAGAAGCAGCAAGCAAAUAAGGGUUGUUUAUAUGUAAUCCAGCUCUUCAAGAAUCUCAAAGGGCUUAUAAUAACUCAUCAAAAUCUUCCACUCAAUCUCGCAUGAUUCCCCAAUAUGAAGCCUAAAGCAUUAUCAUUUAUAAUACUCCACUUCUGAUCUUGCACGCUAUUACUAUUAAUUUAUGCACAAAAGCAGCUUCCUCAAAAAGCAAUUCCACCUUCCCUCCAAUAUCCCAUACAGCAUAUAUAAACCACCUUCCCUUCACCAAAGAAUCCAUCAGCACUUUCUCUUUCUAUCUACAACUCUCAAACACACACAAUGACUCCUUCAAAAUUUUCUUCCCUUGGGUGUGAACUGAGGAUCAUACAAGCAAGAAACACUGAAUUCAAGACCACCGGAAACCUGUUUGUUCGAUGCUCUCUUUCGGCAGGAAACAACAGAAGAAUUAUGCUCAACACCAGAGAAAUCUCCGCCAAGUCUAACCUCGUUUGGAACGAGUCCGUCUCUUUGGAGUGCUCUGGAACCGAGAUGUGCUCCAUGGACAACAUCCUACAGCAAGAAACUGUGGUUUUCGAGCUCCGCUGGAGGAGCACUGUGCCGGUUUUUGGAAGGAUUGGAGGGUCACAACUCUUGGGCAGGACACAGGUUCCAUGGAAGGACAUCCUUGAAUCACCAAACAUGGAGUUAGACCAGUGGGUCACGGUGCUUCCAACAACUAGGCAUGGCCUUGAAGGUAUCAAAUCGCCUCAACUGCAAGUAGGAAUCAAGAUUCGAGUUCAAGCAGAUAAUGAGGAAAUGGAGAAAAAGAGGCAGAAAAACAGAAGGCUGAGUAGAUGGGAUGAGUGUGGUUGUGAAAGCGGUCAUGGUCACGGUUGCACUUGUCCAGAUUAUGAAAUUUUUGCACUAGCAGCUGCACUAGAGGCUUUUUAGGCACAAUAAAAUCGGCGUGUGUGCACAAAGAGGGAUUUUAGUUGGUGUAAACAUUCUUUGCUGUUUUUUUAUUUUGUUUUCCUACUAGUAUCGUACUCACCCAUUUUCUUGUAGGACUGAUGAUUGUCAAAAUUUAUCUUGUAAUUGUAUAUAUGAAUCAAACCAUGAAAGGAAAAAUCCAAAAA